UGGGCUCGGGCUCGGGUUCCGCGGGCGGAAGAGGCGGCGGCGGCGGCGGCAGAAGCUGCGGCGGCGGCGGGAGCUGAGGAGGAGGCUCCGGACGCUGCUCAGGAACCGGGGACACCGGAGUGCCCGCGCCCUGAGCGCUCAGCCCCGGAGGCGUCAUGGCCGAGUACGGGACCCUCCUCCAGGACCUGACCAACAACAUCACUCUUGAAGAUCUGGAACAGCUCAAGUCUGCCUGCAAGGAGGACAUCCCCAGUGAGAAGAGUGAGGAGAUCACUACUGGCAGUGCCUGGUUUAGCUUCCUGGAGAGCCACAACAAGCUGGACAAAGACAACCUCUCCUACAUUGAGCACAUCUUUGAGAUCUCCCGCCGUCCUGACCUACUUACUAUGGUGGUUGACUACAGAACCCGCGUUCUGAAGAUCUCUGAGGAGGAUGAGCUGGACACCAAGCUAACCCGUAUCCCCAGUGCCAAGAAGUACAAAGACAUUAUCCGGCAGCCUUCUGAGGAAGAGAUCAUCAAAUUGGCUCCUCCGCCGAAGAAAGCCUGAGCAAGGGGGAGGAAGAGGAGGAAGGUUGGACCUUCAUCGGACCACUCCCUUCCCCCAUCCUCCUGGGGAGGGGGCUAGGGCAACCCCCCUCCCCAAUCUACCCAUUUACUAACUUGGUCCUAACCCCCUUACUGUGCGCGUGUGUGUGCGUGUGCGCACGCUCUGGCUGUCUGUCUAUAUGUCUAGCUCAUCUAGUUCCUCCUUGUGAGGGGAUGGGGGUCAGGGGCUGGGGGGGGGGGGGGCUUAGUUUCCCCACUCGAGGGAGGUGGAGGCUAUUUCUAUGCAAAUAGAAAUGGGCACAUUUCUCCUACUUCCCUUUCCUCUAAUCUUCCCCCACAUCUCAAAAGCGUGUGAGCCGAAAGGACCUGUAUUUUCCUACACUGAGGAGCCCAGGUAGGGGUGAGGCAUGGGAGAGGUGGGUCCAUCUAAUGGAAAGCAGUAGAAGAGAAAGUGAAGAGGCUACCCAACCCCCACUUGGAAGGGGCAAAGAAAAGCCAGAGUUCAGUGUUUGUACUCCCAUGUUGGACUGGGUGAGGAGUCCAGUUUCCAGCGGUUCCUCAGGUUGGAGGGCCUGGGCACCAGCAGGUCCUUUUUUGCUCCCCUCAUGGGCCUAGGAUGGGUAUGAGCCAGGGAACUAAUGAGAGAUGACCACUGAAACCUUUCCUGGCCCCAAGUUCAACCCCCCUGGAGCACCCAGCAUUAGACACCCUCUACCCACCUCUGCUCUGGAGAGACUGGGCUGGGAGCAUGCCCCACUGAGCCUGAGAUGGGGAAUGGGGGCAAAGAGAGGGGCCCCCCUUUUCACUCCUUUAUUCCUACUCAGACUGUUGCACAUACUGACCCCAAACCUAGGGAGGUUGGGAAAUGAGAUCCUUAGGUUUUAACUCCGAUCCUGCCCCCACCUACAGGAUCCCAACGUGGUUACUGCAGGCAACCUUCCCUCUCUCCCUGGUCUAGAACACUCCAAGCCAGAAAGAAGUUAACUACAGUGUUUGCCUUUGCACUGAUCCCCAAUUCAUUCCAUGAGGGGACUUGGUAACCCCUCUCCCUCAAUAUCCUGGCGCCUUGGGCUUGUGAACACCUAGCCAAAUCACUAGAGUACAGUGACCCCAGCCUCCUGCCUGUCCCAAGAUGUUCCUCCCCAUCCUGACCGUGCUAACUGUGUGUACAUAUAUAUUCUACAUAUAUGUAUAUUAAACCCGCACUGCCAUGUCUGCCCUUUUUUGUGGUGUCUAGCAUUAACUUAUUGUCUAGGCCAGAGCGGGGGUGGGAGGAGAAUGCCACAGUGAAGGGAGUGGCAGAGUCAAAUUGCUACAUAGUCAAAACAAAAAAGAAAACUUUUUUUUAACUUUAAAUUCACAUGCAAUUUCAAGAGACUAUUGAGACAAAGUUUAAGUUAGAAGCUUGUAGGAUGUGGGAGCAAAACUUCAGUGGGAGGGGAGGGCUGGCUGUUGGAAGAGGGAAGAAGCCAGACUGGGUGGAGAGCAAUCUCUACUCCUAGCCCAGCCUAGCCUGCCUGUCCCCUCUGGCCACUGCUGCGGACACCUGCCUUAACAAAUACACCUCGACUACUCCAGUUUUGCCUUAAAGGACCUUCCCAAGUUUCCCCAGCCCUGUCUGGCUUCUCCCUCAAGGAGAGAGAGACUUGUAGAACUGGGAGGGGGGGAGUGAACAUGAAUUGUCCUUCCAGUCAGGAUACGUUAUGUAAGAGCGAGAGCAAGAGUGAGAGAAUGAGAAUGCAUGAAUAAGGAGCCUUCCUUUGAUGAGAGGAGAUGAUGAGAUGGGAGAAGGGAGACACGGUCAUUUUCAGCAGAGUCUAGUGAUUUCUCUGUAAGGCAAAAUAAUCUAAAAAGACUAACCUGCCCUCCCACCCCCUGUACUGCUGUGAGAUCGCCCCUAUCCUGUGCUCCUCUGUCUGCAGUGUGCACGGCCUUGUUCUAACCCUGGAAUAAAGGUGAUUGAUUGUACUGUA